AUGUCUGCUCAGGACCAGCCUGGGGUAACAUUGAGGCCAGAUGUUUUCAGAGACGAAGGCCUGCAACUUUGCUAAAACAUCUCCGACCGUUCCACUUGGGAAGUUCUGACGAAAAUACCGCACACGUUUCUGUCAGGAUACUCUCCCAUCGCCCAAAACGAAAACCAAAACUGCACCUCUGGGGAAUACCACUUCCAAAAGAAAUUUCUCGCUCCAAACCACAUCAAGUUUUUCUGCUAGUUCACAGCAGAUAUGCUUCAAAACGGCUCCGGAGUCCAAGAUCGCAAUUUUGGAUUCGAGUAUGGAAAACCAUGCGUCAUUAUAAAAAUGAACAGGAUGAUCAACUUUCUUCCCAGCACUGCCUCUCCUCCAAGGGUGGAAUGCACGACUCCACCUCACUACAGCAACCCUCUGGUAGCAGCAAAAUUCCUCAACAUUCCCAAGGAUGUAAAAGUCGACGUGGUGUGCAGAGUCGCUGCCGUCAAGAUUACCUCGGACAAUCCCCACGACCCCUGUGAAGGAAAAGUGGAAUUUAAAAGUGAAAAUUCAAACCCUACAGGGCCACACCAAAUUUCUUCAGGCUUUUCCAGUACACUCAACCUGGAAGCCUGA